GCCCGGGGCGGCGGCGCGCAGCGGGGGGCUGUUGGGGUGCGCGCCCGCCGCAAUGGACGCCGCCGCGGCCGCCAUGCAGCUGACCGUGAAAGCGCUCCAGGGCCGUGAGUGCAGCCUGCAGGUGUCGGAGGACGAGCCGGUGUCCACGCUGAAACAUCUGGUCUCUGAGAAGCUCAACGUCCCCGUGCGCCAGCAGCGGCUGCUGUUUAAGGGCAAGGCCCUGGCAGAUGGGAAAAGACUCUCCGAUUACAGCGUUGGGCCCAAUUCCAAGCUCAACCUAGUGGUCAAACCUCUGGAGAAGGUGUUACUGGAAGAAAGUGCUGCCCGGAGACUGGUGGAGGCCCCACCACCACCAACACCAGCCUGGCAGCUGAUCUCCAAAGUCUUGGCCUGCCACUUCAGUGCUGCAGACGCCAGCAGAGUCCUGGAUCAGCUACAGAGGGAUUAUGAGAGGUCCCUGAACCGCCUGACGCUGGAUGACAUCGAACGCUUGGCUAGCCGCUUUCUGCACCCUGAAGUGACUGAAGCUAUGGAGAAGGGGUUCUCCAAAUAGGAUUCUCAGAGUGUGGGGAGGAGCCCGGCCAGGCUACAAGCUGCAUGUAGCAUUAAAUGUUCUCCUGUUGCAAUUUGGCUCCUCAUCAUCAUAGCUGGCAGGUACCUGGGUAUCCAUACCUGGUUCUUGCUAGGUGCCAGGCACAGCUCACAGCACUUGACGUGGGUUUGCUCCCACGCCUCACACAAAAAGUAAGACAACGAGGCACCUAGGAGUGAAGUGGGGGAGCCAGCAUCUGAGUGCAGCCAGCUUCUAGAAGUGUCUCAGGAUACAAAGGAAAAAAGGGGCUGUUUGGAUGGGCUCCAAGGGAUGGACUUUGGCCUAUCAUGUUUAGCCUGCUGAGAAUAAACCCUCCAGAAACUCCUCUUCAGGCCUGAAAGGGGAAGCAGCUGGCCCCUACGGCCCAGUCCUGUCACCUGAUCUCGGACAGGUUCGGGACAUUGGCAGGAGGCCAAGUGACAGCCAGCCCUGGGGGCCCCUCAGCUGCUGCAGCCAGUGUGCACUUGACAAGGAAAAGCAGGUCAGGGAGUUGGGGACCUCUGCGGUAUGCCCUCAGGCAAGUCCCUGUGCCAUGUCUGUCCCUAGUUGUUAACUCUGCACAGUGGGGGCCACUCUUGAAAACUCCAUUUCCUUCAUCCUGACGCCGCCCCGGCUGCAGCUCUCCCCCUAUGCUCAGAGAUGCGAUGUCCUGGCCCUUCAUGCAGCAGCUCUUUGGGUACUCCCUCUGCUUGUCUCGUCCUGGACAUGGGCAUCUCUCACUUCUUAGGGAUGACAGGUGACUGACUUGAGGUCAUUCAGCCUUGGCCCAGCCCCCACACCCUGCGUUCACCCACGGUGUAGCAGUGGAUCCUUCCCCUGCCGCAUGGAUACAGGGCCUUUCACUCUGCACACCCUCACUGCCUGAGAGGAACCCUCAGAGUGCUGGGGAAGGGGAGAAGCAUGGGCUGGUAGCACUGACCUCCCACCUUGCCUGGUGUGUGGGCACUGGGGGUCACUAGGCACCUGCUCCUUGGCGGAGGGUACCUAGGGCAGUCAAGGCUAGAAGGAAGUUGCCCUCCUGCUUGGACCUCAUGGGGUGAAUGCUGGGUCCCCAGGCUGGGAAGACAGAGGCCCAAUGGGCAAAGCCUUUGAAGAGCAGCAAGAAGUCCCUGGCUCCGCCCGAGAGCUGGGAGUAUCAAACAGUAGGGCCCGCUCAGGAGCUGGUAUGGUCUGGCAGCUCACGUGAUACUUACCAAUGCUCUCAUGUUAUUUCGAGUCAGGAAAUUUUGUUGAAAUUUUGAAUCCCAUUAAAGGUGAAUGUGAGACUGACUCUUAUCUAAAAGGAACUAUAUUAGCCAGGCUGCUUUUGGUUUCCAAUAAUUGAUUUAACCAUAAAAGAAAUUGGUUUAAACAAUAAAGGAAACAUUGGUUUAUAAAACUGAGAAGUUCAGGGAUAUUGGCAGUAGAUGGACAAUUUCGCCAAAUACCCAGUCUCUUCCUAUCUCCCCUUUGCACCCUGAAGUGUCUGCUCUAUCCCAGGCCAUUGCCUCAGGAUCAGAAGACGGCUGCUUGCGGUUUCCACUGAAUCUCUGUUCACAACCAGCAAGGAGCCCCUUCUCGCCCUGUAGUGUAGUUUCUUUCUCUGAUGCCCCCAGAAAAUAAAUUCUGUCCUUUUAUUGCUCA